CCAUCGAUACCAUCUCUCAACAAUUCUCACACGCUUUAGGGUAACAGCGCUUGUUUGAUAUUAGUGGAUGACAAGUUGAAUUUGGUGGGGAGGAAGCACGCGAGAUAGUUGACCUUACAACACUUUCCUCGAUUCUCAUCAACAAUGCUGAGACGCAAUAAGAAACGCGAUGACAACAAUGGUCAAGAUAUCAUGCCAACCAGUCCAGGUUUGCCGCCUUACAUGCGAACUGAAAGUCCCGCUUUGACUGAUUCAAAUUACGGCAGCAGUCCAAGCGGAUCAAAUUCACUUUACAUGCAAGGUUCUGCGCCCAAUUCAUCUUCCUCUAAUCUGACAUCUGGAAGAUCGCAACAACAACAACAACAACAAACACAGCCACAACAGUAUGCACCUCAUCAUCACCACAAUCCUCAACAGAGACCAAUAGCACCAGAAGUAGCUUCAUAUCCGGCAAUGAGAGGAAAUCCAGCAUAUCAUCCCAAUAUGAGCAAUGCUCAGAAUCGUUCCAUACCAGCAAGUGCUAGUAUUGAUGCUAUGGGACCGCCGCCUCAGCCAGGAUAUCAUCAUCAAACGAACAAUAGUCAGUCAUCUUCUGGUAAUGCUGUUAGCACGCCAAUGGGGAGAAGUCAGUCUGCAUUUAAUUUCAUCAUCUCAAAAGCAAAAGGCACCUUCUCUAGCGGAUCAAAUCAGCACCCUCAACAUCAACAAGCCUCUCAUCCUAUGUCCAACCCGGCAAUGAAUGCAUCUUCGUCGUUGAACUCGAUAUACUCGGCCGGUGGAAGUGCUCAGCCUCAAGUCGAAGAACAAAGUCGACUGGACACUUCUCGAACGCGAAAUCGUGCUGCCUCAAGCUCUAGUAGCAUGUAUACUCCUAUUCCUCCGCCAGUGGAUCGUACUUCAGCUGAUAUCAACACUGGUGGAAGGUACGGCACUACUUCUCGACCUAGCUUUGGCGAUGAGUAUGCGAUGCCGGCUUCCUCACCAACAAAGAAGUCCAUCUUUGGUAGAGAACGCAAGGCGUCCAAUAAUUCCAUCAAUCGACCUGAUCGUGGUAAUUUGUUUGCAGCAGGUGCAAGACAGGCAUUUACUCAUUCACCUCUGAGCAGAAGACAGGAUCCUCAACCCACCACUAAUUCCUCCAAUACGGUCUUUUCGCCUUUCAGUAAAAGUCAAUCGGAUUUGCACAGCAAACAGGAUUUCCCUUCGCCUGCUUCUGGAACAGUGGAAUUACCUACAGUUGUCUCGCAUCCUGCUCAGAAUAGAGCCAAUGCUCAAAAUCCUUAUAAUGCAGGCGAUGUCAAUCUACUACGAUCACCCAGUCCAAACGUUGCAUUCUCGCGAAGUGUGGACGAUUUGAGCAGAGGUCAUACACCACCACCACCGAUCUCGCCAACGGCUUUUACCAGUCAUGGCACGCCUGCAGUGGACAAUGAUCAGAAUUACACUCAAGGUGAAUCUACUUGGGGAGAACAUGGAGUGGCUGCCAGCGCCUCCGAUCGGGUAAGAGCUAGCGAUGUAGGAACAUUGAAGCAAGAGAAGCGAAGGGGAGGACAGAAUGUAGGAAUGGGUUUGUCCAAUGUACCUUUGGCACCUUCAAUUUCUGCUUCUAGCUCGAUGAAUCUGGCGGGAUGGCCAAAUGCAGGUCCUACACAAACAGGAACGAGAUAUGAAUCAUCUAGACAUCAGCGGAAAUCGUCCAAAACGAUGGGAAACGUGCAAACUGCAAGACCUCAAGCGAAUCUACAGCGACCGGCUUUUGCUCCUGGUACCCAAUAUGAUGGCUUGCUCAACCGGAAUACACAAAUCUCCAUGUCUGUCAAUCAAUUGAGUGAAGGUGGUGGAGGUCUGCGUGGAGGAGUUCGAGAGAAGGAUAUCAGCAAAGGCUGGAAACCAUAUAGGGUCACAUUACAAGAUGGCAAAUUGUUCUUUUUCAAACCGCAAAGUUCAAUUGCCGAUGAUGUAAAAGCUUUGUUUCCAUCUUCAAUCGUUGCAGAAACGUAUGAAUCUCAAGAGAACUCAUCGAGAGGCGCUCUUCCAGAGACAAGUCGCGAAACACCGCUAAAUGCAGAUGGUUUACAUGGCCUAAGUGUUGAUGACAUUCAACGGAAUAAGUUGGGCACAAAGGAUCUCUUGGUUGCUACUUCUGGAAGUGGUAAUUCUAACGAUCAGCCAGCAAGACCGAUGCCACGCAGAAAUGCAACGAACGAAAGCAGAUUGAGCGCAAUUUUGGAUGCUGUCGAACCGGAUCCCACCACACCUACCUCUGCGUCAUGGGAGCGAAAAGGACGUCAUGAGAAUCUUGUUUUGACUUCGACACGCGAAAUACCUGCAACUUGGGCUGAACGGAUUUCAGGUGGAUCAGUUGAUGCUUUGAGUCAUGAAUACGUAUUUGCAAGUCAGGCGAACGGCGUGACAACAGCACAAGAAAACGGAGUGUUUUUGUUUGCGAUUUUAAUCACCCUUCGAAGAACUUCUAGACCUCUUCAAGGAUUCUUGGUGGCUGUACACAAAUGGGCAACAGCUGUUACGAGAGGCACAUCCGCUGAAGGUGAUGAUGCUCGUUCUGCAAAAGAAGAACUGGAGAAGAACAUUCAUUCGAGAUUGUCAUUCUUGGUGGAUGCUGGUAUUGCACAAUUUGCCGACGAACAGGCUCGAUCGUCCGUUUUACUCAUGCUGGAAGAUAUCGUUCGGGAUAUAGUGAUGUUUGGCGAGGGUGAAGAUGCAAUCAAUUCUCGCAUUACCAACCUCAGACAAGCAGUAGAGGCUGUUGAAGCACCACGAAGGUCUGUAGGAGACAUUUCAUCCAACGACAUACCAGCAUUAACAACCUCAACACUACUCAAAAUGGACCCGAGCGAGCUUGGGCGUCAGAUCCACGCUUUCUAUAUCGACCACUUAUCCAAAGAUCUACUCGCUGACAGAUUGGUACUUCCAGUUGCAGGCGCUUCAGACAACCAAUUCACUGUUUCGAAUUUGCUUUCGUUCGAUCCUACUCAUCCUCACUUCCUCACAUCGCUCGUGCUGGAACACGUAUUAGGAAGUGAAAAGGAAGAUCAACACGAGCGAAAUCUUUUGCAAGAGGCGAAAGAGCGUGCAGCCUUGUUGCGACAUUGGAUUGCAGCUGCUUCAUACUUGAUCAAAUUGCAGAAUAUGUCUGCUUGGGUUGCCAUUUGUGCUGCUCUUUGUUCUAGAGCAGUUUCUCGAUUGACUCUCACAUGGAGAUUUGUUGCAGCAACGGAUCGAAUGUUGGUAAGCAGCGCAUGGGCUCCUGCUUUGGUCAAUUUGGGUUGGUCAGAAAUACUGGAUUCUCAAAUCGAUUCAAUGAUCGAAGCAACUCCUUCUGUCAAAUCCUCGAUGAGUGGUCAUCAGAAUGCCAACCCAUUGUAUGGCUUUUUACCAUACCUUGGAAACGCUUUAUCUCGCUUUCAAACUUCCCCUCCAGCCGAAACAACAUCUGGCGUGAUGCCAAUAAGCGAUUUUAGAAAGAUUGCAGCGCAUUUGUGGAGUGUUCAAGAAGUAUGGCAAUCGUUCGGCACUUCCUCAAAAGAUGUCAACUUGCGACCUGUUCAGGUAAAAGACGACAACAUCCAAAAAGUCCUUUUGAGACUUUCUCAAAGUGCAAAAUCUCACAAGACAGUGGACCAUAAUGCACCACUUCGUCUCUCACUAAAGCUUGAGCCGGCAUGGUUGGGUGAUGAGGCUACUCCAGGCUGGCAUCCUGCUCUGUCCAAGACUACAUCCGCUUGUGCACUUUCUCCUCUUUCGUUCAGAGAGCCUUUACCUAAUCUAUCCUUAGUGGACCCUACUUGGAUCGUCAAUACGAUCAAGAGAGAAUCAAAAGAUCCUCUGUCAAGAACACUGCUCAAUGCAAACGUGAAUGACUCACCAGAUCUGGACGGGGAAAGUACCAUCACCAUGCGAAGCAGACAGAGACCAACACUUUCUGCUUCACCAUUGACCCGCUCGAAAGCAUUUGGCGCAAUGACUGGUGCUUCUAUUCGACCUUUGCAUGGUGUUCCGUUUGCCAAUAUCAUCGAAUGGACACCCGGUUAUCAAGCUGGUUCUGGAACGGAAGAGCUAAUCAUGCGUGUAGGAUCUGAUCUAGUCUUCAACGUAUUGAACGAGGUACCAUCUAGCAUCCCCUCAUCUCCAUUGACAAGCAAAAGAUUUUCACAAGAAUUCACACGAGGAUCACGUCCCGUUUCUAUUGCCUCAAAACGCUCCAGUCUUCCUCCAUCAGAACGCAACUCAUUGGUGGAUCCAAUCGCUGCGCCACUACAAGUUGUCGUCAAAGCAGCAACGUUGGAACGAUUGGUGGACAUUUUGGUGAUGGAUGUCCAGCAUCUUUCGGCAAGUUUGGCAUCUGAUGAAGUUUUGGAAAAAGUCAUCUUGGCAAACAAACGAUCAAGAAUUUCUAUCGAUAUUGGUAAUUACCGUAAAGUGUUUUUGGCCACUUUCCGUGUGCAUUGCAAACCGAUCGUCUUGUUUGACUAUUUGCGAAAGAGACUCUUGGCAGCUGUCAACGCAGGUGCAGAAAUGGCUUUGCCUUUACCUCAUCGACCUAAUUACCCAACCUGGUCUAGAGUUGAAGCAGUCAAUUCACCUACCCAGCAAGUUGACUGGGAUAUGGUUUCACGAAUCCGUCAAGGUGUCACAUCUGUGCUAUCACAAUGGAUCAAUACCUACCCGCAAGACUUUGUUGAGGAUCCUCAACUGUUUGAAUCAGUCGAUGCACUUUCGAAAGAGGUGGCAUCUGCUCACGAAAAGCAAAGCACGCAAGAUGAAGGCGAUCAUGUCAAGCUUCAAAUUGCCCUGAAAGAUAUCAUGCGUCAGAUGCGCUUAUCUUCGAUGACUUCUCAAACGGAAAAGAAGACAGCAAAACGAUCAAGCAAGCGUGUCUCAAACAAAGGAACUUCCAGCGCCACAAACACACCACGCCUUGAUGAGAGCGCAAAAACGGAAAGAUCAGCGGAGUUCGAUAUCGACCAAUCAAGCGCUCAUGAUUUGGUGGAGUAUCUUGAAUCGGUCAUCAAGGUAUUUUUCGAAAAGAUUGAAGAACGUGAUUUGCUAGUCGUGUAUGAUUCAUUCUAUCGACAAUCACACGAUCCUCUGACCUGGCACGUAUCCUCUUCGCAACAAGGAGCACAACAUAAUGCCGAUGAACUCCCUCCCGUUAACAACAUGUACAAAUUGUUGGAAUUGGCAAGAUGGCCUCCACGCGAUUCACAAUCGGUGUAUCAUCGUUUGCCUGCUUCUAUCCGAGAUGCAUGUGCUUCACAAAAUCUGUUGCGGGGAUGGUGUGCCGUACAUGUAAUCGAACCUAGAAUCGGACUUUUCAAAAGACAAGAACGCAUCACAAAAUUGAUUGACGCCGUUUGGAUUUGCCGAGCACGUAUGUGCAAUAGUCGAAUGGAAGAAAUGUCUUCUUCUCCGCUCAGUCCUGCAUUCGUUUAUCAAGAACCGACGAUUGCCUCUUUUGUAGAAAGUGUUUUGGUUGGUGCGCUCACUUCAUCAGAAAGUCGAUUGUUUAUUCGUGCAUGGCAACAAGUAGCUGUAGAACGUAGCGGUAAUUGCGAUUCGUUGGCAAGUCUGGUUCCUCCAAGAGAGAUUGCAGACAAGUACCGCGAAUCAUCUCAAUUGAGCAGUACUUUGGACAUUGGAUGGCUUCUCAAGUCAAUGGCACAGGCUGUAUUGCGCGUUUCUGAUGUGAACCAGGAAGAGAGCACUCUAAUCGAUUUCGAGAAACAAAGGACGAUUUGGACGUUAAUCGAAUCAUCUGCUGGAAGGGUGAAAUCUGGCAUGAUUGAUCACAGCCUGGUUGACUUAGCAGGAGCAAGAUUGAGCGUCAUUCAGGCCACUUUGAGACGUGUCCAAUGGGACAGACGUGCUUUCAAGGAAGAUAAUGCAGCAGAAUCUGCCAGCAUAUCACCCGUUCCAGAAAGUCUUCGAAUUAUGCGUGGAACUCGACCUCUCACAGGAUUGAUGAACGUUCAACAAGAUAAAUUGAAACGUGAUCGACUCGCCUUCGAUAUCUUGUCUAUACAACUAGAACAGGCCAAUCAGAGAAAUGCAGCACACAGAGCUUUGCAAUCUGGCAACUCUGGCUUUGGACGUCAACCUCUUCAAUCUAACAAUACCCACAAUUCACCCAAUUUUGGCCCAAGUUUGGUACCCAAUCCAGCAAGCGCAAGUGAAAAGAAGACUCGAAGGAUGACUGCUCUCUUCCGUGGUGCGGUCAGACCGAUAGGUUUGAUGUCCACAAGUGGCAAUGAACGUUCAACCACGCAAGAGAUGCCAACGAGGCCAUUUGCUGAACUCCUACCCGCGAUUCCUACUCAAAAGCCAUCAUCAACAGUAUUUUGUGGUUCAGGUCGAAUUAGUAUUUGGCGUAACGGACAACGUAGCUUUGUGAUGAACUUUUCGCCUCCGGAAGGUGGACAUAUUUUAUUGCAAGCACACAAUGCUGCGGAAUUGCAAGGAUGGUGCACGGCAAUCGAGAGAGCAAGUAAAGAAUUUGCGUCUUCUAUGAUGAACGCACCACAAAGGCAAAACACAGGUGGCUCAACACCGAAAAGUAGCAAGGGUCCCGCUUUCCCUCUGUAUGGUACGGAUCUGAAACUUCUGGCAGAAAGUGAAGGUCAAUCUGUUCCUCUUGCAUUGUCAAGAAUGAUGGAGCAAGUAGAAAAGAGAGGAUUGCGCGAACAAGGUAUCUAUCGUAUCUCUGGUGCUAAAAGUGCAAUUGAAGCAUUAAAGGUGGCUUUCAAUACCCAGCCUGCUCAAAGUGUCAAUCUUGUUCAUGGCGAAACGAGCGAUGUUCAUACUAUUGCAGGAGCGAUCAAACAAUGGUUCAGAGAUCUUCCUGAACCGGUUAUUCCGUUCAAAUCAUACCAUGCUUUGAUCAGUGCAGAAAGGUUGGAGAAUGAAGAGGAACGACUCUAUGCAAUUCGUGAUAUCAUUUGGGAUUUCCCACGUGCCCAUUUCGAAUUGUUAAAAAGAGUCAGUGAGCAUUUGAGUCUCGUUUGUCAAGAAGGUCAAUACAAUUUGAUGGCACCUCAUAACAUCGGCUUGGUGUUUGGAACAUCACUUCUCAAUCCACCACCCGGUCCUGCCUCAGUUGCGGAAAGCUUUGGUAAUAUCGGAAAAGCCGCUCAUAUUGUCAAGAUUUUGGUGACUAUGCAUGAAUGGUUGUUCGAGCCAGAGCAGGAAGCUGAAGCGGAAGUGCCAGUCGAAUCGCCAUCUGAAGAUCAACCUCCUUCAAUAAAGCAAGAAGAGAAAGAGGUGGAUACCGCAGAUACCGAUCUCGAGAAGAACUUCAAAGGAGACACGGGUCGUGUUGCAAAUGAACAUCUUGAUUCUCAAACACACGAGUUAAUUGUAGAUUCACACCAUGGUGCAGAAGAAGAGUUAGCAGUUACACAAGACCAUGCCGACAUGCAGGAUACAUCAUUUGAAGCCGUUGAUGAAGAAGUUGAAGAGUUGGGAGAAAGUGAAAUUGCACGUUCACAAUGGAUACACAAUCCACUCGUCACAGUGACUGAUGGUACAGUUGAUAGUCAUACUUCUGAUUCUUCUAUCAUGCGUGCUGUCUUGGGUGUCAAUUCAUCCACUUCUAUGCCAAAAGUAUCGACAGGAAGUGAUUCAACAGAUACGGUGAUGCAAAAACAACCCAAAGAACAGUCCGCGUCGUUGGCUGCCAUCCCAACGGUUGAGGUGGAUGAACCCAAAAGCCAAGAUAUGUCAAGAACUAAUUCAUCAAACCAACAAGAAUUCUUGGACGUUCAAGAAGAUUUAACAAGUCAAUCAACUGCACGACAACAUACCCGAUCUACCUCUAACAAUGUUGGCAGGGAUAGAGUUGUUGAAUCUGUUUAUCUAGAUGCAACGGAUGCGAUUGCAGUCUUACAAAAUCCAUUUGAAGAAGAAGAGGAGGAAGGAGGAGAAGCUAAAUUGAGCGAUGAUUGAAUGAUUAUUUAAUACUUAUUAUUUUGUGCUCUCAAUGAUACCACUAUAUGCUACUUCACUCUUAUCCACAUUGUACUGUAUUCAUUCACAUUUGCUCCAAUUUUAUGACUUGCAAUCAUAAGCAGCUGCUUUGUUAUGAUCACCGCGUACACAGAUACACGCGUUUAGAUUAUAGUUUUGCCGCGUAAUUGCAUGAAUAGGGUUUGCAGAUCGUUGAGUGACCAAACACUGAUUGUGUUCCAGAAUGAAUUUGUUUCAUUACACACUAAAAAAUGAAAAGAGGCGGAUCCAUUAUUCAUAUGAUGCACAUCCCGUUCAACUUAAGGCACAAAAUGAGUGCAUGCAACAAUCCUAUCACGU